CUCUGCAAAAAAGGUCCGCGGUUUCCUGUAUGAUCAGCGCCAUCGAUCGUAGUCUGGGGUUUGUUCUUGAUCGUCAUUCUUUUUCAAAGGGUUAGAGAGUAGAACUGAUCUACAAGUAACUACUUCUCGUUGCCUCACGUAGUCCUCCGCCUCCACCAUGCUGCUUUUAUAGUAAAAGCGCUAGGUCGUCAACAACAAAAACAGUGCUCGUAGGUGUAUUAGUCACUAUCCCCUCGCGCCGAUCUCUUUGCUACCCCAUCCAACAAUUACAAAAAGAAUCAAGAUGUCGUCCACUUUUUCUGCCAAUAUCGGACGUAUGCUCCCCCUGCUCUUCGCUGGUGCAUUGGGUGCUGCGGGAAAUGGCCGUGGUCAGUUUCUGGCGCAGCGGGGCUACCCUACUCAGGUACCCUUGUACUUACCACGACAACUUAAGUGGACUUUUACCGCGACCUUGCUGAAUUUUUAUUGCCACUAAAGUGGUUCGAGAAAAUUUGAAUAAACUGUCCUCGUCUCCUCAUCUUCUAGACGAUGAGGAACAAUAACCAAGAGCAUACUUCUACGAGCCAUGAUGAGCAAGAUAAGAAACCACUAGGGGCGACCUUGUACUUGUUGUUGCUGCUACUAUAGCCAUAACAACACCAGAAUGGGUGGCAAUAUAAUUGUUACCAUUACUCCUGGCCACACUUGGUAGAGUAAGGCGGAAAAGCUUGGGGGCUGCACUGGCCAAACUUUGCCCUUGCAUGCCUAGUGCGGCCCAGACUUACGAAGGGGGCCGGGCGAUGUAUCGCGGCGCAGCUUCACGCGACUGGCCGGGGGUGAAGAAUCUGCAGUGCCCGGCCUCUUUAGCGAAGAGUAGGCCCCAAGGCUCUGAGGCCUGCAGCAGGAUCCUCCACGAGGGUUUUGAUAUGUAGCGCUACUCAGAGCAGGCCUCAAAAGCCACUGGCUGCAGGCUUUGGGGCCUGAAGGUCUCAGACUGAAUUUUGAGACUUUUCUUGAGUAGAGAAACUCAGACUAGCCCUCAAAAUAAAGCCACUGGUUUUUGAGGGGUCUCAGGCUGUAUAAAUUGUCUUGCGAGCAUCGGAUCCUCAGAGUGAAUAUAUCAUCCGCAAAGACCAGUGGUUUUUGAGGGGGUUUUCCUGUAGCUCUACUCACUGAGUAGGGCCAACUCAAUCGGUAGAGCUACCGGGAAAAGGGUCCAAAAGCGACUGGCUUUUGAGGAUGAUUUUCAAUUUGAGGAUCUGACGCAAGCCAAUUCAAUCGAACAGUUUGAGACUUCCAGGCCGCAAAAAGCAGCGGCUUUUGCGGCCUGUUCUGAGUAGCGGAACUCAACGAAAGUCGCAAGGUCAGGCUUGAGGCUUUUAGACCUCAAAACCCAGGGUGUUUUGAGGCCUGAUUUUGAGUAGCGCUACUCAAGAAAAGGCCUCAGGCUUGAACGUGCUGAAGCUAGAGGCACUCGGGUGGCCUCUGGGGCUUUUUGCUGGCGUUCUUUUGUCGGUUGUCUUGGUGUCAGUCCCUUCAUUAGGGCGGCCCAGGUUUUUCCGCUCGUUUUCGAGUGCUUUUCGCGAGUCAUGAUUACUUAUUCAUUUGAGAGCAAAAAAAGUAGGAUUUUUUAUUUCGUUUUCAGUCAUUUCGUAGUGGUUAGGACUCUACUGGCAACUAUACUUAGCACGAUAGCGCCGGCGCUUAAUUAGUUUUAGCAGAUAGGAGGAUGCUUGAUGGUAAUUACCCUUUUCGCUUUUCUAUCUUCCUCUGGUCUUUCUUUUUUCUAGUUAGGUCGGCUCCAGCACAGUUAUCACUUAGGGCUCUGGUAGUAACUAAGUGCUUACCUGGGGGCCGUAGGAGUUCCCUGGCGGUGCUUUCCAUCCAUCGGAGGGCCCGUCUCCCGGCGUCAGCUUUUCCCAACACAUUGCGCAGACCUCGCGCGCCUAGUGUUUGUAAGUCAUGCGUCCGCUGUCUUUUUUAGCAUAGAAAAUGACCGCGGCGACACAUAGAGGCCCAAACCGUUGAAGAGGUCGAUGCGCUAUACCGGGGGCCUUGGCGUCACAGUAUCAGAUAGUCACGGGGUGAGCACGUGCUGCCGGGCUGCGAGUGUGCAGGUAUUGUAGAUAGUGUAGUGGGAGCCGAUGGGGACCGCAGCGGCGUGCGCUGUGUGGACGUAGGGGCGCCGAGUGAAGUCAAGCGCAUCGCCAUGGGCGUGGUUUGGUAGUAUCUGCCGGGCCGCGGAUUCUGUGAGAGGUUCUAGGCAUAAGCUACGGCGUAAAGAAUCCGCGACAGGCCUAGGGUGGUACAGGGCUGGCGCUAGUGUUGGGCGUGGGUAUUCUGCUGCGGCUUCUGCGUGAGAGUUUGCAAGGCUAGCAGUAGAUGUAAAGUAGCGAGGGCCCUGCUCUCUGGUUCUGGGUUUAUUCGGUGAACCGGUACCCCAUAGCGAAUAAACCUGCGCACACAGCCAGAGGGCUGAGCACUCGCCGGAGGCGUUGCGCAGGGCUCUGGCCUGCUCUCGAAGGUGAGGCCUGUGGGGCUGACAGGACGGCGAUAGCGCUGGCGCUUGGUUAGUUUUGGCAGAUAGGGCGAUGCUUUUGCUUGGCGAUGGUUGCAUUUUUUCUCUUUUCUAUCUUCCUCUGGUCUUUCUUUUUCCUAGUUAGGUCGGCUCCACCGCGCUUAUUUUCCAAUCCUCUGACCACGUGGCCAGGCGUUCGCUGCUCCUAGCUCCUCGCCCGUGCUCGAAAUGCGCGGGCGUGCCCCGGAUGUCAACAAAACCGGCGAAGAAGUGGCCCAGGGCAAUGACAUGCUGCAGAUUGAGGCGGCCCCUGCUGCUUGGAAUGAAACCAGGGCGGACGCGGUGGGUCACGCGGGUGGGUUUUUUCAGCUGUCAGACUGUGGUUGUGGGUCCUCGGCGGGCUGCGAUUGUAGUGGAGAAGGUGAGGCGACACACCCAGAGCGGAUUAAAUGGGUCCACCGACUUGGAACGCAGACUGCAGAUGAAAAGAAGGCGCUUGAGGGUCUGUGCAAGCACGGCAAGUAUAUGGCCACGCGCGUCCUUACGGCGCUUAGCAACGGGUUUCAGGACGGCGAUUGUGUAAAACGCCUGGGGAAGUACUCCGGCCUGCUGCAGUAUGAGGGAGAUGAGGAGGAUGUGUGGCUGACUGUUUUCUGGAAGGAGAACGAAGUGGUGGAAUUUUAUCUAUUGCCGAAAGAGUACAGUAGACAGAUCAUCACGAGCAAACGCAACGAAAAAGGAAAACGGCAACGGGAUGCAACGUGGUCGAACCUUUGGGAGACGUACACGCGGCUGGUCGAGAUGGAAAAAUCCAGCAGAUCCAAGUGGGGGCGCCUUGUGCGUACGACAUCGGUGACGAAGCCCAUACCGGCUCCCUACAGCCCGCGCGGCCUCGCUUUUGGCUUUCAGCUGGCGCUGACCGCGAAGCUACCGCGCACCAUGUUGGAGGCCUGCGCAAACCUAGGGAAAGGCGGGUGGGCGAAGUUUUUUGGCCUUUUUAGAAGCAAGGCUCGGGUCGCGAUGGUGAAGAAGAGCUGCGCCGCGCUUCCUCCUGUCUUGACGAAGGCCAUCACAGAGUAUGAGGAAUUUCCAGGAGGUGGGUCAAGGGGGAUCUUCUUCCCGGGUGCAGAGUUGUCUCGUGGAGGAGGCACGAAAGUCAUCAGGGAGUUAUGGUACGAAAAAGAGGAGGAAGGGGGGAAGGGGCUAGACGCGGAUGCCGUCAGCAAGCAUGGGGAGUCUUCGGUGGUGCCGACCAUUUCCGUAGUCGGAACCGCGGAAAAAAGUGGUCUUACAUGUGCAUACAAGGGGCCCCCCCAGCUCGCUUGCCUCUUUCUCCAGGAUGAAAAGGGCGCGGCCUCGCUAGCAGGGGCUGGCCUCUCGGCUUCCCUGGUGCGUGUCUCGUUUCUGCAAAUGAAAUUCGUCGAAGCGUUGAUUAUCAUCUUCGCUAUUUUCUUGAUCUGUUUUAUAGGUUGGGCUUUCUGGAUGGCGGUGAAUGGGAAACUAGGCACACCAGCACAGCUUGAGGGGCGUUCGUAG